CUCCUCCAUCAGCCUCAGCCACCACACCGAUCUAGGGUUUCCUGCUAGGGUUUUAGUCCUUCGUUUUCGGCGGCGCAAGAUGGGGGAGAGAGUGAAGGGAACCGUGAAGUGGUUCAACGUCACCAAGGGGUUCGGCUUCAUCUCCCCGGAGGACGGCAGCGACGACCUCUUCGUCCACCAGUCCGCCAUCAAGGCCGACGGCUACCGCAGCCUCAACGAGAACGACGUCGUCGAGUUCGAUGUCAUCACCGGCGACGACGGGCGCACCAAGGCCUCCGACGUCACCGCACCAGGAGGAGGCGCUCUAGCCGGUGGCUCCCGCCCUGUCGACGGCGGUGGUGACCGCGGGGGCCGCGGCGGGGGCGGCUACGGCGGUGGCGGCUACGGUGGUGGCGGUGGCGGCUACGGCGGCGGCGGUGGCGGCUACGGCGGUGGAGGUGGCGGCUACGGCAGCGGUGGCGGUGGCGGCCGCUACGGAGGAGGAGGCGGCGGCCGCGAGUGCUACAAGUGCGGCGAGGAGGGCCACAUCUCCAGGGACUGCCCCCAGGGCGGUGGUGGUGGUGGUGGCGGCGGCUACGGUGGCGGUGGCGGCCGUGGUGGCGGCGGCGGCGGCGGCGGCGGUGGCUGCUUCUCCUGCGGCGAGUCCGGCCACUUCUCCCGCGAGUGCCCCAACAAGGCUCACUAGGCGGCGCAGCCCGUCAGAUCUGAGUGCCCCGUUCCCCUUCGUUCCUUUUCCUACCGCCUGACUCUGCAGCAAGUCAUACAUAUACCUAUCAGUAUUAGUAUAUGUCGCCGUAGUGUUACCCCGUGCUUCCCCUAGGAAGAAGAAUCGACGAUGCGAGAUUGGUUCCAGUAGUAUUGCUGGUGGCGUGUUGUUUGUUCGAAGUUAUCUUUGUCGUGUCGUCUGAUGUGGACAGACUGAUCUAUCUCUAUGUAUUGGAUGGAAUGAACUAAGUUAUGCAAGUCGAGUUAUGCUGUC